ACACAUGGACACCUGUCUCGUUCAUCCUCGCCGUCCAAAUAAAUUUUAUUACUAUGAAUAUAUAAAUCCCCGUUAAAUCAACGGCGGUUAUCUGUUCAACUACCGUCCACUGCAUAGAGGUAAAAAAUCCUCCUUUUUAGGGGAGAGGGCAGCUCUUAACAAAGAGACGGUGAGAUAGUGCCGUGGGAAUGCGCACAGCGGCGCACCAAAUGGCGACGCCCCUGUCGUUCUCCUCUUCCCAGGCGGUCUCUGCUAAUGUACGCUCCCUCUGAGUUCCCUCUUAACCUCCACGGACAGUGGAGGACCACAAAACGCAGCUUAAUUGCCAUGCUACCCUCGCUGGCGUUCAUGGAUGUCUCUUCUUUCCUAUUUCUUGUGGUUCUCUUCGCCCCCUUCUUAUCUUACGCCCAGCGCAGCGCUGAGACCGCGGCUGAGAUAGAAGCCCUGACGGCGUUCAAACUCAAUCUCCACGAUCCGGUCGGAGCAUUGAGUGGCUGGGAUUCGUCCACACCGUCGGCGCCGUGCGACUGGCGCGGCGUAGCCUGCUACGGCGGCCGAGUUACUGAGAUCCGCCUGCCUCGCCUCCAACUCGGUGGCCGACUCACGGACCGAAUCGCUGAUCUUAACCAUCUCCGUAGGCUGAGCCUCCGCUCUAAUAGCUUCAACGGAACUAUACCUCCUUCCCUCGCCAAGUGUACUCUCCUUCGCUCCGUUUUCUUGCAGUAUAACUCGUUCUCCGGCGCACUCCCGGUGGAGUUUGGCAACCUCACCGAUCUCUUAGUCCUCAACGUUGCAGGAAACCUCCUGACCGGCGGGAUCUCCGGGAACUUCCCCCGGAGCCUCCGGUACUUCGACGUGUCGUCGAACCAGUUGUCAGGCGAGAUCCCGAGGAGUUUCGCAAACGCGUCUCAACUCCAGCUCAUUAAUCUGUCGUACAACCAGUUUUCGGGUGCAAUUCCGGCCGGGUUCGGCGAGCUUCAGCGGCUUCAGUACCUCUGGCUGGACUACAAUCUUUUGGAGGGGCCACUGCCGUCGGCGAUAGCCAAUUGUUCUUCUCUCGUGCAUUUGAGCGUUCAAGGUAACGCGCUGGGCGGCGUGAUUCCCGCGGCGAUCGGAGCUCUUCCAAAGCUCGAGGUAAUUUCUCUCUCGGAGAACAAUCUCUCCGGUUCGGUGCCUUCGUCCAUGUUCUGCAACGUGUCCGUUUAUCCGCCGUCACUGCGAACAGUUCAGCUAGGGUUUAAUGCGUUUGCGGACAUUGUGGCGCCUAAAACAACGACUUGUUUCAGUGCCCUGCAGGUUUUGGAUCUUCAACACAACCAGAUUCGCGGCGAUUUUCCUCUAUGGAUAACAUAUUUGUCGUCUUUAACAGUGCUGGAUGUUUCAGGUAAUUCCAUCUCCGGCGCAGUUCCGAGCGAGAUUGGAAACCUUUCUAGAUUGGAGGAACUGAGGAUGGCAAAUAAUUCUUUAGAAGGAGUAGUGCCAAUGGAGAUCAUGAACUGCAGUUUCCUGCGUGUGCUUGAUCUCGAAGAGAACGGCUUUUCGGGGGAAACUCCUUCGUUCUUUGGAGAGUUAAAUGGUUUAAUGAUUUUAUCAAUUGGGGGGAACCGAUUCUCGGGUUCUAUUCCGGAGAGUUACGGCGAUUUAUUGAUGCUGGAAACACUGAACCUGAGGCAUAAUAGUUUAAGUGGAGGCUUGCCGGACAAGUUAAUGGGGCUGAGCAAUCUGACGACAAUGGACAUCAGUGAGAACAAGUUUUCCGGUGAAAUUCCGGAAAAUAUUGGAAAAAUGGCUCAGCUAAUGGCUCUGAACAUGAGUGGAAAUGGUCUUUCAGGACACAUUCCUGCCAGUGUGGGGAGUUUGUACAGGCUAACGACUCUUGAUCUCAGCAGACAGAACCUCUCUGGUGAGCUGCCAUUUGAGCUUUCGGGAUUGCCGAAUCUUCAAAUUAUUGCUCUGCAGGAGAACGCUUUAUCCGGCAAUGUUCCUGAAGGUUUCAGUAGCUUGCUGAGCUUGCGCUUUUUGAACCUCACUUCUAAUGGCUUCUCCGGUAACAUUCCAGCGACAUUUGGGUUCCUACGUUCUUUGGCCGUUCUUUCGUUGUCUUACAAUCUCAUCUCCGGCUCCAUUCCACCGGAAGUUAGCAACUGUUCUGAUCUCAGAAUCCUGAGUCUGCGGUCAAAUUAUUUAACAGGCCGCAUUCCUGCCGACCUCUCCGGCCUUUCACAUUUGAACGAGCUUGAUCUGGGCAGAAACAAUUUAACGGGCGAAAUCCCAGAAAAAAUCUCUAGAUGUUCGUCCCUGACAUCUCUGUUACUGGACGGAAACGAUCUCUCCGGGGGAAUACCCGAGUCAUUGUCUAAUUUGUCGAGCCUAACGACUAUGGAUCUCUCCAUGAACAACUUGACGGGUAGGAUUUCCCCAAAAUUUGCACUCAUCUCUGCCUUGGUUCACUUCAAUGUGUCGUUCAAUAACCUCCAAGGUGAAAUCCCAGCAAGCCUGGGCUCUCGCUUCAAGAAUCCGUCCCUAUUCGCAAUGAAUCAGAACCUAUGUGGGAAGCCAUUGGAGAGAAAAUGCCAGAGCACGACCGACGGCGAUAGCAAGAGGGUGACUCUGUUGUUUGUCGUGGUUGCUUGCGGGGCCUUCCUUUCGGCAAUGUGUUGCUGCUUCUACAUCAUAAGCCUGUUGCGAUGGCGCCAGAGGCUCAAAGAAGGGUCAGCGGCGGGCGGGGAGAAAAAACCGAGCCCCGGGAGGGCGAGCUCCGUAGGCCGCGGGAGCACCGACAAUGGCGGCCCCAAGCUCGUAAUGUUCAACAACAAAAUCACCCUGGCCGAAACAAUAGAAGCCACGAGGCAAUUCGACGAAGAGAAUGUACUGAGCAGAACAAGAUACGGUCUAGUAUUUAAGGCCUGCUUCAACGACGGAAUGGUACUCUCCAUACGCCGCCUCCGCAACGGAUCUCUGGACGAGAACAUGUUCCGAAAAGAAGCCGAAUCGCUAGGAAAAGUUAAGCACCGAAACCUAACGGUUCUUCGUGGCUAUUACGCUGGCCCGCCGGACGUUCGCCUCCUCGUCUACGAUUACAUGCCCAACGGAAACCUUGCGACGCUCCUCCAGGAAGCCUCCCACCAGGACGGAAACGUCCUCAACUGGCCAAUGCGACACUUGAUCGCGCUUGGUGUCGCCCGCGGCCUUGCCUUCCUGCACGCGGCCAACUUGGUUCACGGCGACGUGAAGCCGCAGAAUGUCCUCUUCGACGCCGAUUUUGAAGCCCAUCUCUCUGAUUUCGGGCUUGACCGGUUCGAAGUGGCUACGCCGGCGGAGGCUUCGACUUCGACCGCGGUGGGGUCGUUGGGGUACGUUUCGCCGGAGGCGGCAUCGACGGGGGAAACAACGAAGGAAUCGGACAUUUACAGUUUCGGGAUAGUGUUGCUGGAACUGUUGACGGGGAAGCGGCCGGUGAUGUUCACGCAAGACGAGGACAUAGUGAAGUGGGUGAAGAGGCAGUUGCAGAAGGGUCAGAUAUCGGAGCUACUGGAACCGGGUCUGCUGGACCUGGACCCGGAGUCAUCGGAGUGGGAGGAGUUCUUGCUAGGAGUGAAGGUGGCGUUGUUGUGCACGGCAGCCGACCCGAUGGAUCGACCCAUAAUGGCGGAUGUCGUGUUCAUGCUGGAAGGGUGCCGGGCGGGGCCGGAUAUUGCUUCUUCUGCGGAUCCCACCGCACAGCCAUCGCCCGCAUGACUGAGUGAGUACUCGAGACCCGAAUCGGAUCUCUUUCCAAGUCCUAACUUGUUUUUUGUUUUUUGUUUUUUUUUUUAAUGAAAUUGUAACAGAAGGAGGAAGCAGGAUUCUAUUUUAUUUUUGUGGGGGGUUGAAAAUUUGAAAGAUUUUUUUGGCGGUUUCGAGGGUGGUUGGUUGCAGUGGCGGAUAGUUGAGUAUUGGAGUCAACGAUGGUUGAUUUAAAAGAGGGAGGGACCAUAGUGGAUUAGUGGGGGAAGGGAGAGAGGAGGGAAAGUGGGUCAGGUGUGCAUGACCCGCGAACUCUGCGAGGGGAAAAUCAAAAUGGAGGCCCUCCUCUUCUCAUUGGGUAAUGGGUGGGGGGUUCUGUUUUUGUUUCUUAGUUUUCCAUGUUUUGUGAGGAUUUGUUUCAUCUCUGGGGGGCUGAGCCUUCUGAUUGCCUUAUUUUUUUUCUUUGAAGAAAUUAAAAAAAGGAAAAUAGAGUAAAAGAAGGAAGGCCAUGGUACAACAAUUUUGAGGUGCCUGGUGGCGGGGCCGCCCAUUUAGGAGGGCUUAGCUUAUUUGUAUAUUGUUAACAAUGCAUAAUGAGAAUUUAUCUUGCUAAUUAAUUACAAAGGAAA